AAAUUUUGCUGUUGUUUAAAACUAACGUACUUUCUCUUUUGUAGUUUGCUGUUGUUUCUACUAGACACCGCAUUAAUGCCGCGAGCUUCGGAUGGGAUAGUUAUCACUCACAGGCGCUAUACUGCCCAUAUCUUUUUCGACACAGCUAACUUUUUUUGACAGUUCACUAGUUUGCAUGCAGCUUUGGUCGACGAUUCGGAUCACUCGAAGCACUUCGCAAAAACUUUUCUGAAGCCUACGUGAACAGGACUAGAAAAAAUUCAUGGAUGAAGACUCGAGUUCAUUCGUGAUGUCACGGUGCUCUAUGCCGGGCUCUCCGAAUGUUCAUUGAUCCAGCCAGAAGAUACUGCUUUUACGGCACAGUAUGAUCAUCAUCGUCUUCAAGAUUGUGCCCGAACAAUCAGGUUAAUCCGAAACAUGACCGAUUCAGAUUUUCAGGUCGCUUGAAAUUGGGCCGAAAAAAAACCGACGGUUUUUUCCACGUUAUCUGCUGAACAUAACAUUAGCUGGUAUCGUUUCCAGUAUUCGCACUACAUGCCCAGCCCAGUAUGUAUACUUGGUACAGCAAAGAUCGUAGGAUUCUUCUAUCAAACACAUCGAGCACUCGACAGUCGGACUCUUUCCAAAUGUAACACGUGACCAACACCCAGAGCUCCCAUGUACUUUGUCUUGUCAAAGUUCAUAGUCAGAUUUUCAGUCAGUCACCUUGUUUCAACUGCUCUACAAUCCACUCCAAAGAUCUCGAUGUGGUGUUGUUCUUUUACACAUCAAAUAUUCGUAUGGCACCUUCAAACGACAGAGGCAUUUCUUCUCCACGCAGACAAUCCCGCUCACGCAACGGAUUGCUUCGUACAGCAGAUUACUUCCGACUUGAAAAAGUUCAGCUGGGAUUGUGUUCAACACAGCAUUGAUCCGAUACAGGUAGAAAAUUAGAACUAUGAACUCUGACUACACAAAGUACUUGGCAACUGGUAGUGAAUGAGGCGAUCCACAUGAUAUUGGUUCCGAUCUGCAAAUGGAUGAGGUACGAUAGGAGGUUAUAGUCGAGUUCAUAUAUCUGGAACAUUAAUGAUAUGCGGUAACGACGUGAGUCGCGAGGUAAAAAGACAUGUUGCGCCUGUUAAACAGGACUUUCUACAAUUUAUAUAGUCAUCUUAAGUCCCGUAGCCUACGGACGCCCACAAAACUUGCUAUGCAGAACUCGUUGAUACUCUUCGUAGCUCUAUAUGGCAAUUAGACGUGGUCUUGGAAGGAGACAGAUUAUCAAGGACUCGGUGCGUUUGGGAAAAAAAAUUCUUCAAUAGUUCAAUGCUCGGCAGCACAGCGAAUAGUGGCAAAGACGUAUGAACCACAAGCUGUACCAAGUGUAUAAAUAUGCUGACAUCGGAAGGCUGAUAAAGCAUGACACAGUGAAUUGAGCAUACAGUGCGAAUGCCGAAAAAAGACCAGCUAAAAUUAUGCUGAUGAUGCUAGAAAACAAAAUUAGUCCAAUAAAACGAUAUAUUUUAAAGCAAUCGUUAUUGCAGCUUUACUUGUUUGUUUUAACUGAUAAUAUCAUCACAAUAAUUCUCAGUCAUCAAACAACGUAGAGAACUUGAAAGACCCGCACCGAAACUUACUCUGCAGUCUUGGUUGUUUGACCACGUUGAUGAUAAUGAUGGUAUUUUGUAAUGAUAUCCUGAUAAAUGAAUAACAAAAUAUGGAAUUUUUCCAUGUAUGCGGAUUCAAUAUGUUUCUAGCAGGCUUGGUCUUAUUCAAUCUAAUUGGCAAAAGAUUUGGAAGAAAACCAAAUACAACGAAAACUCAUUAUUCUACGUGCAUAGCCACUACAACUCACAACAAGUUCUUCGGAUAAGUGAAAUUUAAUAUCUUCCACUCCACCGCUGAAUGAGCUAAUGAGUUAAUCACCGUGUCUUUUUUACGAUAGCUGCCUUGCUGGUGCUAACAACGCACCUUAAAAAACAAGUCUAUUCUGCGUUAUUUUCUGUUUUGUCACCAAUGAAUUAGAUAUUUUAUCUCCAUUAUAUAAAUUGGAUCGAAAAAAUUAUUCUCAUGCUUUCUGAGAAGACGGAAAAUAGCAUUGCUCAUCUAAUCCGGAUGAUAUGGACAUCGAAUCAUUCCCUGCUCGCGUGAGUGAGUGAGAAUGACAAUGUCUGAUUCGAAAGUUAUUGAAUUGAAUAAUAGCCACUGUUGCAUACAUUGACAGUCGUCAUACUAAUAAACUGUUUGUCUUUAUGUAACCUUGCAGUGCAUCUAUAACAUCUGUCAACAGAAGCCGUUCCAAUCAGAACCAAAUUUUAAUCAGUUAGAAGCGAAAUAAAAAAUCGCAAAAAUUGCUCUCACACAAAUAAUGCCCGGAACCUGCCACAGGCUCCGAGUCCCGUCGUUGGCUAGCAACAAGUCGGCCAAAGGGGCCAACGAAUGCGAACCGGUGACACCGAAGAAGGAAUGCCACCGGGUGACGAUGAUGGGCGCGGCCCGGGUCGGCAAGUCCUCUAUCAUUUCGCAGUUUUUGUACGAAAAGUACCUCUCACGGUACAAACAAACGAUAGAGGAAAUGCACCGAGGAGAGUACGAGCUGCCGGACGGGUCCUGUCUGACCUUGGACAUACUGGACACUUCCGGUUCGUACCAGUUUCCGGCAAUGAGAGCUCUAUCCAUCAAUACGAGCGGUGCGUUCAUUUUGGUGUACGCCGUGGAUGACGAGGAAACGUGGCACGAGGUCGAGCGAUUGAGAGAACAGAUCGUUGAGGCCCGAGGUUUGUUCGUUCCCAUUGUGGUUGUUGGCAAUAAGUGCGACGUCCUGGAAGAGGAACGUAAAAUUUCUCUAAGAGCUGCUCAAGCAAAGGCAACACUGGAAUGGGGCUGCGGUUAUGCUGAAUGCUCAGCCAAGAACAACGAUGGAAUACUGACCGUUUUCAAGCAACUACUGCGCCAAGCGAACAUCGAGUACAAUCUUAGUCCAGCGGUUCGACGGAGACGGAAAUCGCUUCCAAGUUACACCAACCAAACCCACAAAGGAGUAAAUUCGGCGAAGUUGUACUUGAAACGACAUUCCUGCUCGGUUCAGUAGACUGUUGGAACACAUCCAUUAUGGGAUGUUUGGGAUGGAAUGCGUAGGAGAGUCGUUCUAAAGAAUGCACAAUAAACUGAAGUGAUUUUAGCUGGAACCAAACCAUACGACGAUAGCUCAGAUAACCGACGACAGGAUGAAACACUUUUGGACUUGAAUAUUCGUAUCUUCCCCGUGGAUGUUGAGAACAAUUGGAGUUUGUUAUUUUUAAUUUUGUAAACUCGUUUUCCAUGUUGGAUCCAUUGUCAACUUGAAUGAAAUUUGAUGGAUGUAUAUGAUGAUUAUUAUUUUUAUUCAAUGUUUGUAGGAAAAUUUUCGAUAUUACCCUGUGACAGUAAUGAUGAAAACCAAUAUGAUACAGUAAUUUGAAACACAUUGAGAUACAUGAAAUUUUUACGAAGAUUA